AUCCGUAACCUGACAGGUUUCUCUCUGGGACACCGGAAGCAGUCGUGGGUUUGGUGACGCUGCAUUAGACUGCAAGAUAUGAUUCUGACCAUGAAGCACGCGCUCAGGCCGAGUGGUGGGCUUGCUAACUUCGGCUGUGUGUCCGCGGAGCUAUUCGGGGUUCUCCUCCUCAGCCUGGCUCUUGCUGGAGCUCAGGCUCUCACACCGUCUCACCACCUGUCCCUGUCUGAUGUGGGCCGGCUCCAGAAUCUUCUGAACCAACCAUACGACGACCUGGAGUCCGCAUACUACUCUGUGGUUGGGCUCACCAAGCUCGGAGCAGCUGUUCCAGAUCCUGCAGAAGUUUGCCAGUUCCUGAAAUCCCAGCUGGAUCCCGGUAGUGUUGAUUCUUUGUUCUUUGCUGCUGAAACCAGUAAGGCCAUUUCAGGAUGUGAGAUCCCUGUUUCCAAUGAAACCAGGGACAUCCUCCUGGCGGCGGUCAGUGAGGACUCGUCCAUGUCUCAGAUCCACCGGGCAGUGGGCGCUCUCAGCUCCUUGGGGCUCCCACUCGCUUCACAGGAAGUGGUCGGUGCCCUCACGGCUCGUAUCAACAAGGAGGACAACGUCAUGGCCAUCAUCUCGGCCCUGCAAGCCGCAUCCCGCCUGUCCCAACAGGCAGAACUGGGAGGAAUCCUGGAGGAGAUUGAGGAUCUGACGGCUCGCCUGGACGACCUGGGAGGCGUGUACCUGCAGUUUGAGGAGGGGCUGGAGGCCACCGGCCUUUUUGUGGCAGCGGCGUACAGCCUGUCGGACCACGUGGAUAUGGAGCCGCCUCUCAAGGAGGACCAGGUCAUCCAGCUGGUCAACUCCAUCUUCAGUAAGAAGUCGUGGGACUCUCUGUCUGAGGCGUUCAGCGUGGCGAGCGCUGCUGCUGCCCUGUCCAACAACCGCUUCCACGUCCCUGUGGUGGUCAGCGCUCAGGGCCCGGCCACCGUGUCCCACAACCAGCCGACCCUGCAGCUCCUGGUCACUGACGUCAUGUCCCAGCCUCUGGCCUCAGCCAGCGUUCUGGUGGAGUCUGCAUAUGCUUUGGCCUCCAAGAGCACCGUUCUCAACCAGGCACCGUUCACUCAUAACAAUGGCGUCUUUGAACUGAAUUUCAUGUCCAGCAAGCCGGCCAGUGGAUAUUACCAGUUCACUAUUGGUGUGACUGGGGACAGCCGACUGGUGGCCAAUCACAUUGAGCUGAAGGUCAAAGUUUCCACUGAGGUGGCUGUUACUAACAUGGACCUCUCUGUGGUGGACAAGGACCAGAGCAUCGGCACAAAGACCACCAGAGUGCAGUAUCCCUCCAAAGCCAAGAGCUCCUUUACAGCAGACAGCCACCAGAACUUUGCCAUGUCCUUCCAGCUGGUUGACGUCAACAAUGAGCAGGAGCUCACCCCUCACCAGACGUUUGUCCGGCUGCACAAUCAGAAAACUGGCCAGGAGGUCGUAUUCGUUGCCGAACCAGACAGCAAGAACCUCUACAAGUUCGAGUUGGACACGGCUGAACGGAAGUCAGAGUUCGAUUCUAUGUCUGGUACCUACUCUCUCUACCUCAUGGUUGGAGAUGCCACCCUGGAGAAUCCCAUCUUGUGGAACGUGGCUGACGUCAUCCUGAAGUUUGCAGAAGAAGAAGCUCCAGUUGCUGUUCAGCCAAAGACUCUUUAUGUACCAAAACCAGAGAUUCAGCAUUUGUUCAGGGAGCCAGAAAAGAAGCCUCCAACGGUGGUUUCCAACACCUUCACCGCUCUCGUACUGUCUCCACUCCUGCUUCUGCUCAUUCUGUGGUUUAAACUCGGAGCCAACAUCUCCAACUUCAGCUUCUCUCCAAGCACCAUCUUGUUCCACCUGGGACACGCAGCCAUGCUGGGCCUGAUGUACGUCUACUGGACCAACCUGAACAUGUUCCAGACUCUGAAGUACCUGGCAAUCAUCGGCGGCAUAACCUUCCUAGCGGGGAACCGCAUGCUGGCCCAGAAAGCAGUGAAGAGAAUGGAGAAAAAAUAAAGACAAAAGAAGAAACUGAUGGUGGUCAUUUUGUAAUUUUAAUUUUUUGGUUUGCUACAAAAUCAGACUCUGGGGAAAAAAGGCACGAAUGUUCAAGAAUCCAAUCGACGGUUUUAAACAUGCAGUACGACUGUGUUACCAAACAGAAGGGACAGAGACGCCUUGGGACAAACACUGAUGGAUUCUCCUGCAAAGGGCGGUAGAGCUACUGAUCGUUGCACUUUUCUUUUUGUCCAACACAGCAGAGUUUUUCAGUGAAUUUUUUGUGGUUUCUUGAUGAAAAUUGGGUUUUGUCCUUUUUUUUUUUUUUUUUUUUUUUUGUACAUUCCUCUUCGUUGAUGCUCUGUGUCCUGUUUCACCUCAGGAAGGAGCUGCCGCUUCUUCUUCUUCCAGAAAUAAUCAACAAUUCGACAUCGCACUGACACCCCAAAAUAAUAUCAACUACGCUGAUGGGUUUUCCUGUGGUACUCUUUUAUUUUCUACAGAAGAUGCUCCCAGGAUGUGUUGAUGAUAAAAAAUAUGUUUUUGUAAUGAAGAUGGGGAAAAUAAAGAAGCUGAGGUGAA